UCUUCUCUCUAUCUCUCUUUGUCUGCAAAUGGAAGAACAUAUUCAAGAUCGCCGUGAAAUUGCGUUCCUACACUCCGGUGAAUUUCUCCAGGGAGAUUCCGACUCAAAGGAUCAUCAACCAAACGAGUCUCCGGAUGAGGAACAUCAUCACGAGCAGUCUAUCAAAGAAGUUGAUUUCUUCGCAGCCAAAAGUCACCGGAGCGAUCUUGGUCAUGUGAGAGCGACGUCGAUCAUUGGAUCAUCUGGUUUUAAUGAUGGAUUAGGUUUGGUAAAUUCAUGCAAUGGAACAUCAAGCGAUGAUGGCGAUGACAAAACCAAAACCAAAACCCAAAUUAGUAGACUGAAAUUGGAGCUAGAGAGGCUUCACGAGGAAAAUCACAAGCUGAAGCAUUUAUUAGAUGAGGUCAGUGAGAGUUACAACGACCUCCAAAGAAGAGUUUUGUUGGCAAGACAAACACAAGUGGAAGGUCUUCAUAAACAACAUGAGGUUAUACCCCAAGCUGGUUCCUCACAAGCUCUGGAGGACACAAGACCAAUGGAUAUGAACAAUGAAACUCCGGCCACCACCUUGAAACGACGGACUCCGGACGAUGUGGAUGAUCGUGAUAUGCACCGAGGAUCACCAAAAACUCCAAAAUUAGACCAAAACAAGAGUACUAAUCAUGAAGAACAACAAAACCCUCAUGAUCAGUUACCCUUUAGAAAAGCUAGGGUUUCCGUUAGAGCUAGAUCUGAUGCCACUACGGUAAAUGACGGAUGUCAGUGGAGAAAAUACGGUCAGAAAAUGGCAAAAGGGAAUCCAUGUCCUCGAGCUUACUAUCGUUGCACUAUGGCUGUUGGAUGUCCUGUCCGUAAACAGGUCCAACGAUGCGCCGAGGAUACAACUAUCUUGACCACAACGUACGAAGGAAACCAUAACCAUCCUCUUCCACCGUCAGCCACCGCCAUGGCUGCAACCACUUCCGCUGCAGCCGCCAUGCUCUUAUCUGGCUCCACCACCAGCAACCUCCAUCAAACACUCUCUAGCCCCUCCGCCACGUCAUCAUCUUCCUUCUACCAUAACUUCCCAUACACUUCCACAAUUGCCACACUCUCCGCCUCAGCUCCAUUCCCCACCAUAACUUUAGACCUCACCAACCCGCCUCGACCGCUACAACCGCCACAACAGUUUCUGAGCCAGUAUGGUCCCGCCGCGUUUUUACCAAACGCUAAUCAAAUUAGGUCUAUGAAUAUUAAUAACCAGCAGUUAUUAAUACCUAAUUUGUUUGGCCCACAAGCCCCACCACGUGAAAUGGUCGAUUCAGUUAGGGCUGCGAUUGCAAUGGAUCCGAAUUUCACGGCGGCCCUUGCGGCGGCGAUCUCAAACAUUAUCGGAGGAGAUUCUCUUCUUUUGAAUUUGGUUACUAAAAUUGAGCUGUGUUACCGCUUUGUGCAGAUUGUGGGAGCUGUUAUAUAUAGUGUUCUGGUGGCAGCCUUUUAUGUCUUCCUCGGGUUUUUCCUGGGGAAUCGAAUAGCUAAUAUCUCGCUUCUUUCGGUUUACUCGUUUGUGGCGGUUUCGGUUAUAGUUUUGUUCGUUAGGUGUACUGCGAUUGAUCCAACGGAUAAGACUAGUGCUAAGAAAAAGAGAAAGGAUAAAUCCAAAGGGGUCUUGAUGAAGCUGAGAGUCAAAGUUGUCUUGAGUCAAGUUGUUGUGAGGUUUUUCAGGAGGUUAGAGAGAAAGAUCUUAAGAAAUUUUCUCAGACGUACGUAUUUGGAUCCAUGGAAAAGCAGUGUGCAGCUAGAACCACUCCUUCCAUUUCCACUUGUUAUGAAAGAUGAUAAUUCUGUUACACCAGAUCCUAAAGUAGAAGAUGAUAUCUCUUAUUGUUCACUUUGUGAUUUAGAGGUUAAACGCAGCAGUAAGCAUUGCAGGACAUGUAACCGGUGUGUCGAAGGGUUUGAUCACCAUUGCAGGUGGCUUAAUAACUGCGUUGGGAAAAAGAAUUACACGACGUUCAUACUCCUGAUGGUUUUCGUCUUGCUCAUGCUAAUAAUAGAAGGUGGAACAGCCAUUGCUGUAUUUGUCAGAUGUUUUGUGGACAAGAAAGGAAUGGAAAUCGAAUUGAAGAGAAGGCUUUAUGUAGAGUUCCCUCAAUGGGCUCUUGCUACAAUAUCUAUUAUCUUGGUCUUGUUCACGGCCUAUGGCUCAGCCGCCAUGGGGCAGCUUUUCCUCUUCCAUGUAGUUCUCAUAAGAAAGGGGAUGAGAACAUAUGACUAUAUAUUAGCAAUGAAGGAGGAGAAUCAAUUUGCAGAAGUGGAUCCUUUUGAUGAAUUAGAUUCAUCUUCAGAUGAAAGCUCAGAUUUUGAUUCGCCUGAAAGAUCAAGACCAACGUUUAUCUCCAAGUUUAUGUGCAGAAAAUCAAAUGAGAAUCAGCAUAGACUAUCGAUAAAAAUAGAAGGAGAUGAACGUUCACCUUCUUCCACGGUGAUCAACAAGAAACCGGGUUUUCAUGUAAGCAUAAACCCAUGGAAACUGAUAACAUUAAGCAGUGAAAAGGCUCUACAAGCAGCUGAGAAAGCAAAGGAAAGACUGAGGAAGGCGAAACCAGUUUCCGGGACUGAAGAAGAUUCACUUAAGCCACUUCCAUUAGAGACGAAAUUCGGACUUUUGUUAGAUCCAGAUGACAACAACACUGUGUUGCCACCAUCAACAACUACAGCAGUAAAGCUUCAGGUUUCACCAGGAAGAUUCUCAAGUCCAAGAAGAAGGUUCUCAGGCUCUUCAUCUUCAACUGUGCCAUCACCGAAGCAAAAAUACAGGAGUAACUUUGACUUGAAGCUAACUGAAGUCUCUAGGGAGCUCGAAAGUUACAUCUCAAGACAGUCAUCACCGGAACAUUGUCUUGUUCCUCAAGUUGUAGUUGAGAAGCCAAGUUUCCAACCACAUUGUCUUGUUGUUGAGUCUCCAUAGGAACCACUGAAAGAUCAUUGUUCUGAUGAUAUGGCUGACAAUAAUGCGGUUCGUCUACGGCUUCAUUCAUCAAAACUUGUUCCGGCUUCAUUGUUCUGAUCAUUUUUAUUUUUGGUCUCCACGUUAAAUAAUAAUGAAUUUAUAGUUAUUUA